AUGCCACAAAUAUAUUGGCAUAUGUACACUUCUUUACCUACCAACAACAAGAACAACAAGUCUUAUUCAUUUCCAGACCCGGAUGCUUCACAAAAAAAUUUAUUGGGACCAUUUGUCCGAGGUUUGAUGUUUUUUCUCCAAUCCUUCAGAGCAAAACGCAAUCUUACGGGAACGACAUUUCCUGGUGGGCUUACUACCUUGUCGCCACACUUUGUGUGUUUAUCUAUCUCUCCCCAGGUACCUAACUCUCAUUCUUCCAGUUAUGCCGAACAGUAUGAGUUGUUGUCAUUAAAGUGUGAUGCAAUCUUGUUGAACAUUUCACUAUUUAUUGGCCUUCUUUCGCGUAUCAUGUCUUUAUCUUUCCUUCACCAACUUAUAUUCCCAGAGUCUGGAAGUACCAGCUGGAACCAUAUAGAGGUAUUCUAUGCCGGCAAAUAUUUCACGGUUUGUAGCCUAGUAGAAUCAAGAUGUCGUUUCCCGCCAGAAAAUGUCGUCCCCCUAAUAUUAGCGUUCUUUCAUUAUGAUUGCUUAUCCUGGAAAAGAAGAAAAUCAAAGCUCGUAUUAUCCAAGUGGGAUAAGUUUUAUGGAGAGUUGUUGCCAUUAAGAGACGUGAGACAAAAAAGCAGAACAGAAGGGCAGAAGUUGAUCAACAAGAGCAUGACAAAUGCCUCAAACUUGUGUUCUAACCUGUCCAUUUUGAAUAAGUUAGAGCGUAAGUUCAACUUCCAGGCCAAGAGCAUCUUGGCUGUUGAUUUUGUUGGCAAGUAUUUCUUGGAGAAGAAAGAGGGGGUUGCUGUGGCAAUUUUGGUUGAAGAGCUUGUAAUUCCGAUAAAAAAGUCAGACCUUGAGCAUGCCUCGACAACAAUCAAUGUUUUGUUUGUUUUAAAGAAUUAUGCUCUCAAGCUUGCGGAGGAAGUGGCAGCACAGCCAACAAGAAGCAAGCUCAGAUGCAUCGUUCGAUACAAGGAACCCAUAACAGCUCUAUACCAAGCUCCUCAGAUUAGAUCAUCAGAGUUUUUGCAGCAUAAGACUGUAUAA